GUAGAAGUAUACUCACUGCCUCUAUGCACCAGUGCUAACCAAGCUAACAGUGGAUGUGAGAUGCUAACAUGUCAUCAUAGUAAGUCCGGCUUUGACCGAUAAUUUACUGCCCGUGGCCCACCUGGAUACGACGUCGCUGACGAAAUCAAAAUACUAUCUUGUGUCACAGCAAGAGAACGAGUGGCAUGCUGGACAUUGGGAAGUGGCCAGUGUUUGCUCUCCUCCCCCCUGAGGAACUUGGGCUCAUCCGGCAGGCUUGUGUUUUCGGAAGCGGUGCGAACGAAGCCCUCUAUGUCACGGUUAACGACGAGGUCUUUGGCCUCGGCACCAAUUGCAGCAGCUGUUUAGGCCUGGGAGACCUGCAAAGCACCAUCGAGCCGCGCAGGAUUGAUGUCCUCUGUGGGAAGAAGAUUGUGUCCCUAAGCUAUGGAACUGGACCGCAUGUGGUUGUCGCUACCUCGGAUGGAGAAGUGUACGCAUGGGGCCACAAUGGCUACAGUCAGCUGGGCAACGGGACCACCAUCCACGGGCUGACCCCCGCCCUGGUCUCCACCAACCUCCUGAACAAGAGGGUGACCGAGGUGGCCUGCGGCUCCCACCACACCAUCGCCCUCACAACAGAAGGAGAAGUCUAUGCAUGGGGCUACAACAACUCAGGCCAGGUGGGAUCGGGGUCCACUGCCAACCAGCCGACACCCCGCCGGGUGAGCUUCUGCCUGCAAAACAAAGUGGUGGUCAACAUCGCCUGUGGUCAGCUUUGCUCCAUGGCUGUGCUGGACACUGGGGAGAUUUACGGUUGGGGCUACAACUGUAAUGGACAGUUGGGCUUGGGCAACACUGGGAACCAGCAGACUCCCUGCAGGAUUGCAGCUCUCCAGGGUGUCAGCAUAGUCCAGGUCGCUUGCGGAUAUGCUCACACGCUGGCGCUCACGGACGAGGGCUUUGUUUUUGCCUGGGGAGCCAACUCUUACGGGCAGUUGGGGACAGGCAAUAAGAGCAAUGUAUCUCUACCCACCAUGAUAAACACCGACAAAGAGAGGAUCAUCGAGGUGGCGGCGUGUCACACAAGCCACACAUCCGCCGCCAAGACACAGAGCGGGCAGGUUCUGAUGUGGGGUCAGUGUCGAGGUCAGUCGGUCACCAACCCCCACCUCACGCAUUUCAGCUGUACUGACGACGUCUUCGCUUGCUUUGCCACGCCGGCCGUCACGUGGCACCUCCUCACCGUAGAUAACGAUGAUUACCUGACGGUAGCCCAGUCUUUGAAGAAAGAGUUUGACAGCCCUGAAAUCUCCGACCUGAAGUUCUUAGUGGAUGGAAAGUGUAUCCAUGUUCACAAAGCCCUGCUAAAAAUAAGAUGUGAACAUUUUCGUGUGCUGCUAAAUGAAACGGAUGAGGACACCAUCGAAAUCCACCAGUUCCCCUUCCUGGUGUACCGAGCCUUUCUGGAGUACCUCUACACCGACUCCAUAAACCUGCCACCAGAAGACGCUAUUGGCCUGCUGGACCUGGCCACUUUCUACCGGGAGAGCAGGCUGAAGAGGCUCUGCCAGGAGACCAUCAAGAGGGGAAUCUCAGAAGACAACGCCAUUACUCUGCUCUCGGCUGCUGUCAAGUACGAGGCUAGGGACCUGGAGGACUUCUGCUUCAAAUUCUGCGUCAACCACCUGACAUCGGUCACGCAGACCCUGGCAUUCGCAGAAAUGGACCACGACCUGCUCAAGAACUUUAUCAGUAAAGCCAGCCGCCACGGGGCCUUCAGAAACUGACCGCUUACCUCUUCCGCAGCUUGGGAGUCAAAGACAGAGCAAAGUAAAGUGAAGCCUGUCGACCACAGAGACGGGCGUUAGCAGGUUGAAGGUCCCUGAGGUGAGCGUUUCUUUUUGGACAACGGUAUCAGCCAUGUUUCCACUAAGCGCUUCAGUUCAAAUCAGGCCGAGGCGGGGUGGGGGUAGCAAAGCGUACCGUGCCAAUGAAGUGUGACUGAAAAGUGGGGCAUUUCGGCUGGGAUAUCAUAUGACUGUAGCGCCAGGUGGAAAUGCGCCUUGCAGCCGUGUUCACUCUCUAAACAAACUAGUGCGCUUUGCUGGUGUGAAUGCAAACACAGAUACUUGCUAAAAUAAAAUACAUCAUACUAAAAUACAAUCAUACAUCAUUUAUGUGUGUGUCUAACCCAGGGGUGUCCGCUAAAACGACAUUGUUUUUCACCAUAAUAUUACGAGUUUAUUGUUGUAAAAUUGUGAUUUUUUUUUCUUGUUAGAAUGCAGUUUUUUCUGACAGAACAAAAUUGAGAACCAAUGUAAUAUAAAUUAUCGCUGACUUUUUUUUUCUAGGCCACUUUUUUUCAUAAUUUUACAUUUUGUUUCAGCUUUCCUCUUAUAAUAUUAUGACUCUAUUCCCAUAAUAUUAGGACUCUAUUUCCGCAACAUUUAGAUUUUGUUUCCGUAAUUGUUUUACUUGGCUCUCACACUAUGAAUUUUAAAAAACAAAAGGUUUUUUUUUAUUAUUUCAACUCCAUGCUACAAAAAUGACAUUUUUUUCCCUCAUAAUCUUACUUUAUUCCCCCCCCUAUAGAUUACAAAUUUUUGUUGUUAAUAUUAGGACUUUGCUAUUGUAAUGUCAUGUAAAUUACAGCUGGGUUUUUUUUCCAUUUUUUGGUAAUUGUUUUUUUUUAGUUUGUUUGUUAAAAUAUAUUUUUAUAAUGUGCCGCAGGGCAAUAAAAAAGCAGCUCCAGGCUGCAAAUGGCCCCCGGGUGGCAGUUUGGACACCCCUGAUUUAAUAUCUCACAGAAUUCACAACCAAGUCAGAUGAAGUCCACCGUGACCUAUUUUUUGUUUUUGAAACACUAUUGUAUGGUGACGUAGAUCUUUAAGUGUGCGUGUGGACUUAGCCUAAAGGAGUUAGUCAUCAUGCGCAUAAAAGAGCUGCCGCACUAUCCUGCCCCCCCGCCCCCAACACCAAGCUUUUCGUUUUUCUUUCUAUUUUACUGGUCAAAGCUGAGUCGUUUCUUUGCCACCUUCUUUCUAUGAAGGUGGUGUUUAUAGUACAACCAGAGUCAGUGCGUCCUGCUGCAUGUUUCCUUCCCGUAGUCACGUUAAUGAGCACUUCCUGUAUGUGAUGUAUUGCCGCACAUGCCACCCAUGUCUCACAGUUAUCAUUGUAUUCUUUACAGCUCUUUUGUGACGUAUUUGAUUGAAUCUCUUCCCUACAUGCGACAUAGUUACACUUCAAAUCCAGCUCACCCUCCACCCCCCCAAAAAAUCUACACAAAUACCCAUUGCACCGUGUCUAUGUUAAUCUCGUAAUCUGUGUGGAAAUAAAUCAGCUAUGUAACACUCAGUCCAAAAUAACAAUACUACUGUCUGCAGCAUCCAGUGUCUUCUGUUUUUAGCACUUCAACAUCAUGCUGACGUUUUCAUAUUUUUAAUGUGAAAAGGAGGAAAUGUAACGCGGUACUGCUCCAAUUUCACAGCAACACCAACAAAUAAACACAGUUCAGGACUGUCAAAUAGGAGGCCAUGCUUUUAUUUAUGCCUUGAAAUAUACAUGCACUUCAUGGACUGAAAAGUCCUGCGGGAAGUGAAAAUUGCCUCUUUUACACAGACUGAGAGCUGGCAUUUUUCCCUGUGCCACCGUUAUUUAGGAAUAAUGGCAACAUAGAUAUAGGGACAAAGACUCCGCAAUUUGGCACAUAAAGGAAAAUGUUAUGAGAUUAAGUCUCUUUCCAUUGCUGCUGCUGUUUUUUUUCCCCACAUUUCAUAAUUUAACUUUUUCGCAACAUAAAUUGCAACUAAAUUUUUUGUUUUGUUUUCACAAUACGACAACUUUAGAAAGGGACAUAUUUUUUUCUGUUGUUGUUAAUUGUUGUUGUUGUUUUUUUUAAUAAUUAUGUUUUUUUGUCAUCUUUAUUCACGUAAAAAGGACCACUUUUUCUUUGCAAUAUUGUGACUUCAUUCUCAUAAUAUGUCAACUUUAUUCUCUCACAAUUAGGGCUGUUUUUUUUGUUGUUUUUUUUUUUUUGCUGUUUCAUGUUUUAUCUAUUCCUGUAAAAUAUAAGUUGUUGUUUUUUUGUGUAAUAUUCAGACUUUAACCUCAUUAUUUUUUCCUUUAUUCCUGUAAAAUUUAGUUUUUUUUGUUUAAUUUUCCCAAUAUUCCAACAUUUACAUGUUCUUUUCCUUGAAAUGUUAUGACUUUAUUCCCACAAUAUUUUGACUUUAUUCUCAUAAUUUAACUUUCCAAAAGUUGCAACUUUGUUUUUGUUUUGUUUCUCAUAAUGUGACAGCUUUAGAAAAUAAAAUUUUUCCUCAGUAUUUCA